AACCAUUUUACAAAAUUUUCUGCUUUUAUAUUUUUCAACGGGCGCUUUCCGUGAAAAUUCUCACAAAGAAGGCCAACACUUUGUAAAUGACAAUCCACUCCAUAAUUAAUAAAAACAUCGCAUCGCACAUAAAUUCAAAACCUCGCCGGAACUUUCCAUUAUUUACCGUUAACGCUCAUUAAUUCACUCACCAGAACCAACACUAGUACACACACAUUACACACAACUACAAUACGUAACAAACUCGGAGAGAGAGAGAGAGAGAGAGAGAGAGAGAGAGAGAUCAGAGGGGAGAGAGAGAUGGAAUCGCCGACGGCGGACGAGUUGAGAUCAACUAGAGUAGCCGUCCGAUCAUCAUUGAUCGAUUCAAUCAAGGCGUGCACAUUCGCCGGCGCACGAAUUUCAAAAGAACAACUGCGUGCUAAGAUCUCCAUGCCUCAACACCUCCGUUUCGCAAUUCGUGACGCCGUUCGCCACAAAAAUGUCGAUGCCGGAAUGUCACAUCACCGUGACGCCGCCGUUGAUCCGCCGGAAGCUCCGGUCGUCGUGUUCAUCAGUUCCAAGAGCGGUGGACGUCACGGUCCCAAACUCAUGACCAGGCUUCAGGAGUUAAUGAGUGAAGAACAGGUUCUUGAUCUUUCACAAGUGAAGCCUCAUGAAUUUGUACAGUUUGGAUUGGGUUGCCUGGAGAAGCUUGCUUCCCAGGGGGACACUUGUGCCAAAGAGACACGUGAGAAGCUGAGGGUUGUGGUUGCUGGGGGUGAUGGCACUGUGGGUUGGGUCCUUAGCUGCCUCGGAGAACUUCAUAAACAGGGACGAGAACCUGUUCCACCAACAGGAAUUAUUCCUCUUGGUACAGGAAAUGACUUGUCCAGAAGUUUUAAUUGGGGCGGAUCAUUUCCUUAUAACUGGAAAUCAGGCAUUAAAAGAACACUCGACAGAGUUGCUAGUGGUCAAACAGCCCGUCUUGACAGCUGGAAUCUUAGAGUACUAAUGCCAGCCGGGGAAGAGGUGAAUACACCACACUGUUUGAAACGACAGGCAGUGGACGACUUGUCUCUUGAUCUGGAAAUGGAAUAUGGACAAGAGCUGCCUGAAAAAGUUUCUUGCUACGAAGGAGUCUUCUAUAAUUACUUUAGCAUAGGAAUGGAUGCCCAAAUUGCUUAUGGGUUCCAUCACUUGCGCAAUGAAAAACCUUACCUCGCACAAGGUCCAAUUUCAAACAAGGUGAUUUACUCUUGUUACACUUGCGCACAAGGGUGGUUCUGCACACCUUGUAUUGCGAAUCCCGGUUUGAGGGGACUGAAUAACAUAUUAAGGAUGUACAUUAAGCGGGUCAAUUGCUCAGAAUGGGAGCAAAUACAUUUUCCUUCAAGCGUGAGGUCUAUAGUUGCUCUAAAUCUUCAUAACUAUGGGAGUGGAAGAAAUCCAUGGGGCCAUCCCAACCCGAAGUAUAUGGAAAAGAAAGGUUUCGUAGAGGCCCAAACUGAUGACGGUGUCCUAGAAGUUUUUGGCUUAAAACAAGGGUGGCAUACCUCAUUCGUCAUGGUAGAGCUUAUUACAGCUAAACACCUUGCUCAGGCCGCAGAACUCCGAUUUGAGUUCAGGGGUGGAGAGUGGAUGAAAAGUUAUAUGCAAAUGGAUGGGGAGCCAUGGAAGCAACCUAUAAACAAGGCAUAUUCAACUUUUGUUGAGAUUAAGAGGGUCCCUGAUCAAUCAAUUAUGAUAAGUGGGGAGUGAAUAUACUAGUUUCUUUUACAAGUAGAGUUUGUAUUAAUAUCAUGGCUGUUGUAUGUUGUAGCAUUAUGUAAAUGGGCCAAGUCCAUCUUUAUAUCCAUAUAGUUAUGCAAUGUUUCUUCAGAUAGUAAGUUGAUGUGGGCUUUACUAAUUGGUGCACUAGUAUUUAAUUAUUCUUGUAACCAACAACAAAAAUUUUGUUGUUGGAAACAAAUACAUUUAUUAUAAGUUCUCUAUGAACAUGUUUGAGCAUGGUAAGGA